AACAUUCAGAACGCAUCACCCGGCAGGCUGUUCCUCCAAUCAGCUCACUGGUCUCCCGCCAAACCGCGCGGAAUCGGCUGAAACGCUCCCUUUAACCCCCUCCCCUUUAACCGGGACGCCGCGGCCGGCGGGGAGACGAUGAAGUGGUGUUGCUGGCUGGCGGUGCUGCCUUUCCUGCUGACCGGCGCCACCCUCUCCAAGAAAGACGCGAAGAAGGCGGGAGUCCGGAGUUCCGACGAGGAGGCAGGACCAUCGAAACACUUAGUUCAGGAUCGAGGCCUUGUUGUCACUGACCCAAAGGCGAAAGAUAUUGUCAGGGAGCAGAAGAGUUACUGCGCUACAAAAAUGAGAGAGAAACACUUCCAAGGUGACGUUCUGGGAUAUGUCACGCCUUGGAAUGGCCAUGGUUAUGAAAUUGCAAAGACUUUUGGUGGAAAAUUCACCUUCAUUUCUCCAGUUUGGCUGCAGAUCCAGAGAAAGGGAGUUCAGCUGUAUUACCUGACUGGUCAGCAUGACGUAGACCAAGGAUGGAUGAAGAAGGUGAGGGAGAGUUCCAGUGCAGUCCGUAUUGUUCCCCGUGUUCUCUUUGAUGGUUGGACCUACCGCGAUUAUGAGAAGGUGUUUAACAGUGAGGAUGAGAUUGAGGAUUUAGCGGAAGCCUUGGUGCAGACAGCAAAGGCUGACCAGUUUGAUGGCUUUGUAUUGGAGGUGUGGAGCCAGCUUGGUGGACAGAAACGGAAGGAACUCUCUCACAUGAUUCGGCACCUGGCAGAAUCGCUGCAUGGAGCCAUGCUGAAACUUCUGUUAGUGAUCCCGCCAGCAAUCAUACCAGGGACCAAUCUGUCUGGGAUGUUUAGGAAGCAGGACUUUGAGCAGCUGGCCCAAGUUGUGGAUGGAUUCAGUCUCAUGACGUAUGACUACUCAAGCACACCUCGACCUGGCCCCAACUCUCCUACCCCCUGGAUACAAGCCUGCGUUAAGGAAUUGGAUCCCGAAGCAAAAUGGAGGAGUAAGAUCCUGCUGGGCCUGAAUUUCUACGGGAUGGAUUAUGGUACAUUUGCAGGAAAUGGGGAACCAAUUAUAGGGCAGAGGUAUAUAGAGAUUCUGAAAGAACACAAGGCAAAACUGCUGUGGGAUGACCAGAUUGGUGAACAUUACUUUGAGUAUAAAAGGCACCAGGGCGGGAAGCACGUUGUCUUUUACCCAACAUUAAAGUCUAUACAGUUACGAUUAGAACUGGCUAAAGCGUUGGGCACUGGAAUCUCCAUCUGGGAACUGGGACAGGGGCUGGAUUAUUUCUAUGAUUUACUGUGAACAUGGCAUUCCCACAAACACAACCCUUUGGAACCUUGGAACCCAUUUCCAGGAGACCAGAGGGUGGCCAUAUCUGAUCUGAGGAGAAUUCAGAAGCUGAAGUGAAUUUUGAAGCUCUCAGAGCUAAAAGCCCAUUUUCCAAAACUUGGUUUAAAAUAAGUUUUGAGAGCAUUUCUAAUAAAGUCAGAGUUCAUUAGGA